AUGUCCUCUCGGCCACAUGCCUUGAUUGAGACUCAACUCUCACAAACUCCUACCCGAUAUGCGCCUUCAACCCCCCAUGCACUCCGCGCUCUUCAACAGCGAAGCGGCGCAAAGACGCGCUCGGCGCGCAGGAGAGCAUUCAGCGACACCAUCCGGCCCCAUUCAGCUAGAGGCAUAUUGAGGCAACUGGCUAAGAUUACUGCGCCCGCUACCAGAAAAGUUGCACCGACACCUGGAAGUGGGAGAGGGAAGGAAAACAAAGUGCCGGCGGAGGGAAGGCACGGGGAUGAAGACGAUGAAGGGCAGAAUUUCAAGAGACCACGCCUGGCUUUGGAUGUUGAAGACAGCCUAGAGAGCAUUGAGGUGCUGCGACCUACGGAAUAUGAUGACGAGGACAGUGAGCUCCUGCCGGCUCCAACGCCUUCGGUCCUACCAGAUGACGACGAUGGACUGCGCGAGGGGCAAAAUGACAACCCAACGUUUACACUCAGGUCAAUUGACUAUAGAACGCAGGCCCAUUCGCCUGACGAUAGCCGGCGGCUGUCAAGGCGUUCCUUUCCCGCGUCAGACCCUAUCGGACAGGUCAGCUUUAAUGGCGGAGACGAAGAAUCAACAUUCCUGUCCGAGAGAGGUAGAAGAGCCGAAACAGUUGAGCAGACAGAAAACAUAUCGCGUUACGACUUUGGGGUCAUCGACAUGGAUGGUUUCCAUUCAGAGCUCGAGAUCAGAAGAGAGUCGCACAAUCAGGAUCUGCCCGAAGGUCUGGAGAAAAUGCCGAACGAUCUUGUAGAGCUCGGCCCAGAUUACAUAGCCCUGAAAGACGGAGGAGGGGAGACUGAGGCCUUGCAGAGCCUCCAGAAUCUUCAGAGCUCCACAUCCCCGGCACGACCUGACGAGAGCGAUAUACAUAUCCCAACAUUGGACGACUCAAACUUUCAAUUGCCUGAUCCCGACGUGGAAACAGUUUCCAAUUACGCUCAACGUGCUCGAGAAGCAAGGCUCGUCGAAGCGUCACCAUCGACGGUUGAUCAACAUCGGGGGGAAGAGGCUCCCGAGCAAGAAGCUGAGCCUCAAGCUGGACAGCCGUCCGAACAGGGCUCUGGGAGUGAAGAGAUGCCGAGACCAGUACCCCCGCAGCCCCGUCGGAAGAGACUAAAGCUUACCCGCCAUGGCGAGAUGUUACCAUCUUUGCCUUCAAGCCUGAUUAGACGGGUAGCCGUCGAAGCACAAGCCCGCCUCGGCAAUCGUCGACCCAAACUCGGAAGGGACCACAUGCAAGCCCUCGAACAGGCGACUGAAUGGUAUUUCGAGCAAGUUGGCGAAGAUCUGGAGGCUUACUCAACCCACGCGCGCAGGAAACGCAUCGACCAGAGCGACGUGCUGGUGUUGAUGCACCGGCAGCGACUGCUCCAGAAUGACGGGGAGCUUCUGAAAGCUGCCAAAGAAUUGCUUCCCAAUGACAUUGUGGCGGGGUUGGAUCUCGAUGAGUCGUCGGAUCUCUGA